AUGGUCGCCAAGAAGUUGACGGACGACGAGAUCGAGGGGUUGCAGAUUAAAUGCUAUGAGUCCGAAUGGUCUUUGAGGGACGACAGUGCGCUAUGUCAUAUUUUGGAAGGAUGUCGUGACUACUACACUCAUCAUGUAGAGAAGCUCGAAGGCGAAUUGAAUAAAAUAAAUCAACUGGCAGCGCUGUUGAACUCCGGUGUUGGACAUUUAAAUGGGUCUAUUAUUCAUGCUGCUAACUCGAGGUUUUUGCAACAGCAUUUGGCUGAGGAUGCUACCUCAGGGUUCCCUCCGACUGAGGAAGUUGUAAGUAAUUCGGGUGAUGGCCGGGCCGAUACUAUUGCUACACUCAGUGCUGCAAUUCGUCAGGGAAUUUCCGCUACGAACCGUGCACAAAACAUCACCGAUCUGUGUUCAAACCGACCUAUUAUCGGGUCACAGAGCUUCAAGGAUUCGCUCCUAUCUCACAAGCCGACUACCGAAAAGCCGGUAUCAGAAAGACUGGCUAACCCAUCCUCGUCAACGUCCGAACCGCUUCCAUCUCGUUAUCGUAAAGCCUCUACAUCAGCCAGUGAAGAAAGCUCUGGACAAAGGCCGCAUUCGUUCGAGCAGCCAACGUUGGAGCCUCCUAGUCUGAACCCAAGCUCUGAGAUAUUACCGCCUCCUAUUAUUCCUGCGAAGAUCUCACCCGUUUUACGACCGCCUACUUACGUUCCUGUUCCAAAAUCUGAAAGCAGUAGCAGUAGUGAAGUUACUGUAGACAAUAAUGUGAAGCCAGUGGAAGAUCUAUCUCGUCCCAUCGAAAAGGUGUUGGACAUCCGCGGUGUCAUCCACAAAAAAGACGACACGUCCGAUAUCCGAGGAGUAGUACACAAAAAAGAUGACACGUCCGACAUCCGAGGAGUCAUACCGAAAAAAGACGACCGCGUCACGAGUGCUCCCUUGACUGGGAAAUCUUACGGUGCUCCAAACGUCAGUGCCAACGUUACUCCCAAGACAGAAGCUAACAAAAAAGAAGAAGACAAGUCAGAUAUUUCAACGUCGAGUUUGGGCAAGACAGAACCCCCUUCUGAGCAAAAGCGUACUGAAGUGAAGAGUCAACCUGUUGCGGAAGAAAAGUACAAGGAGAAAGACCACCAGGAGAGAAAAGUGGCAGAUAGUGGCGGAGGGAAACCCGCAAGUCAUGGAAUAACUGCUCAAAGCAUAACGAAAAAGUAUGCGAGCAUUUUUGAUUCCGAUAGUGAUGAUGAUGCAUUAUUUCUUGAUCCACGGAAGACUUUGCCCACCACCACUGCUAAGAAAGAUGAGGAUACCAUGAAGAAGAUACAGGUCCCUAAAAAACUCGAAACUACCGACUUCGCUAAAAAGCUUGCUGAAAAGUUGACAAAAGGACCAACGCUGCCCCCUCCAGCGCCGGUUGCGAAGUCGGUCACCAAAGCGCCAGAGCUGAAAGGCAGCCUAAAAGAGGAUCCAGAUGUUCCGCCAACGUGGCCACUUCCAUCGGUUUCCAAGACACGUGCUCGAGGUCCCACUCGCCGGCCACCAUCACGUUCAAAGCCAAGUACAACUGGAACCGAUGCCAAGGUACCAGAAAAAGCACCCGUCAGUGCUUCUGUGGCUGUUCCGUCAAAUAGUCGUACUGAAGUGCCUGUCAAGAAAGAAACUGACAAAGUGCCAAGUGUCGAACGAAAAGUUGAAAGUACAGCUAGCACCAAACCUGCCGAUCAGAUAAGCGAGCCACCGAAGCCACGUGAAGAUGUAACCACGAAAUCCACCGCUGCACCUCGACCGAAUAUACCCAAAGCGGCUCGUUCAUUUUUUGACUCAGAAAGUGAUGAAGAAAACGAACCGAUCAUUACCAACCAACGUGUGGAAGCCAAGACUUCAGUAACCUCCGCUGCCUCAAAAGGAGACUCAUCUGUUCGUGCGAAACCUGUCUCCGAUAGUUCUCCCAAAGUCUCCGUGAGCAGUAAAGGAGCUCCCACACAGAAGACCACGAAAUCGCAAUUCGCAAAAGGCCUAUUCGACGACGAUGAAGAAGAUGACGAUCUGUCGAUGUUCAGGAAACCUAAGGGAAGCUAA